AUGUACAAGUCGGAAACAUGUUCGACUGAAUCUGCCACAAAUGCUUCUUCCUCGCAACAUCCUGAAAUAGAAAGAACUUAUACAUCAAGCGACACAUCAACGAAGGUUCUAAAGAAGAAGAAGACUAGCACAAAGGCAUUAGUGAAGCAGGAGGAGGAGGAGGAGAUGAUAAAUGAAGAUGAGGAAGAAGCAUAUUACCAUGGUACACAGUUCGAAUAUGGUGGUCUUGAGGGGGAAGUUGGGCGUACACCUACGCAUGGUGAGUCGUCAUCGGACGUGGGGGAACAUCACUUAAAAACAGUGACUCCUAUUGGUAGGCCGCAACGAAAGAGGGUUGUUGCAUGGUAUCAGCGGACUCCGUUCACAGUGAUGCAAUCGACACCAAAAGUGAAAAAAAUCAGCAAAACAAGGAAGAAAAAAAUAGUGGAGAGUCCUGAAAAAGCAAAUGAGGACAUUGUCAAUGCAGAGACUAGUGAUGUUUCAAACCAUCUCUUGUUGGACAGUAUUUAUGCUGCUAGCACGAUGAGUUUUUGAAAAGAAUGGAGUAUGAUCUCUUCCAAACUCAUCACUAAACAUAGGCUGCAUAUGCUCCCACUGGAUAUAGAUUUUUGGUCGAGGUUACUUGUUGUUACUCACCAAGGGUGGUUAAUUUCUUCGGUAACAUUCCUUUAAUUAAAAUUUUAACUACUUUUUUAGACGAGAAUUUAUAUAAAUAAUUCUUAAAUUUUUAAUUUUAAAUGUACAGCAUAUUGCGAUAUGGAGUUCCUUGCUGAUGGAAAGGCGGCCGACGAACGCAAGGUGGACGAUAUUUCCUCAAGAAAUUAAUUUGGAACCCGAAAAAUCAUUUUUACUUAGGAAUAUAGCAAAUGGGCUUGGAGGCCGUCCUAAAUGGAAGGAUGUGGAUAUGGUUCUAUUUGUAAUAAAUGUUGUUGGUGCCCAUUGGUUUAUGGC